AUGGAGAGUGCGACGUCCUCGCCUUUCCUGCCCUCCCAGCAGGAUGUGGACGGCUCGCCUCCACCUAGCUUUGCAAGCGCAGUGCUGAGACGGCUUUCCCACUUGGAGUCGAAGUUCUCAGCGCAGCUGUCGAAGGCGCAGCAGGAGGGGGAGCGGCUCAGGGAAGCCACUUUGGCCAAGGCCGUGGCUUUGGCCAAGGACACCGCCAUGGCCGAGUUUUCGCAGAUUGUCAAGGGCAUGUCCGAGGUUCUCCAACUGCAGCUACGGAGAAUGGAUCACCUGGAGGCCCAGUGGCGGCAAUCAGAGCCGACGCAUGGCGUGCAGGUUCAGGAGUCGCCUGUGAGGGGGCCAAGCGAUGCCGGGAGCUUCCACAGUCGCCUGCUACAGGUAGAGGAGCUGCUGGAGCGCUGCUGCCAGCACGAGGAGGCCAUGGGCUCGGAGCUCCUUCAGCUGGCUGCGAGGCUCCGGGAUGUGGAGGCGCGAGGAGAGGCUGCGGAGCCGCCGCUGGAGUCCGCAGGCUUCUUCGAGCGUGAGGACAAGCUGGAGGACAUGUUGUCGUCCCUGCAACAGAAGAUCGAAGUGUUGCAGGAGGAUUCUCGCGACAUCCAGGAGAGAGUGGAGGCCCAGGAGGAAAGAGGGCGCUGCCUGCGGGCCCUCACAGAUGCGAAGGAAGAGCAUUACCGCUCCCUGGUGGAGCGCUUCGAGCGAGCCAGCGUCGAGCCGCGUCUGAAGCAGCUGCAAGUGCAGUCGCGUGAGGCGGAGUCGCAGCUGGCCACGCAGGCAGAGGCCAUCGAGCUGUUGGCAAAACGCCUGGAAGACGAGGCCCAGUACUCACUCCAGUCUCGGCAGAGCCCACGCCUCGCAAAGCCGCAGGCGUGGCUGGAGCAGCGGGUGGUGGUGCUCGAGGGCAAGGUCGAGGGUUGCUGGAAGGGCUUGGACCAGGCGAACGGCUGCUUGGGCCAGUUGGAGGAGGCGAUCCUCAAGCACUUUGCCGGCGAGUCUUUUGUGGGUGACGAAAAGCCCGCAAGGCCUUUGAUAAUGGAGGAGCCGGAAACGCGGCUACCAGGCGCUGUGGCUUAG